AAUCCUGGGCAGGAGGGGCUCUGCAUGCAUUUACAGCUGAGCUGGAGGCCUUCAAUGGGGCGCUGCACAAGGGGUGCAUGUGUGGAUCCCAGUUUGGUAGCGGGUUAGGGUGUUAAGUCCUGUCAAGCCACAUCCAGCUUUUAGCCACUCCAUCUGGGAUAUAUAAGGGAUGGUUUUACCAGGGGCAUCCCUCCCCCCACCCCACCCCACCCCCGUCGCCCCCUGGUAAGUUUCCACGGUUGAGCUGGAAUGCAAACUCAGGUCUCCAAGCCCUCGUCGGAUCCUCUUAUUCGUGGCACAACCUCAACUCUGCAGUUUGGUGUGCUCGUAGAUAACCAGAGAACAGAGUUGCCACACGUGUGUGUGUGUGUUCUGUGCCAUCCAGUCGGAACCGACUUGCAGCGACCCUCGGAGGCCUUUCCGGGCAAGGGGGUGCUUUGGAGGCGUGGUUCUACCCACUCCGCUCCUCCCCGAGUUGGUUUCCAUUUGCUGAGCCAGGGCUGGAACCCUGUUCUCCAGGCUCCUCGGCCGCCACUUUACCCGCUACGCCCCACGGGGCGCUUGGAAGGCCGGUCUUCUGACCACUCCCCAGGAGUUAGUUGGAGUGGACCUGCCUGUGUGAGUGUGAGUGUGUGUGUCUGUGUGUGUGUGUGUGUACAAAAGGACUAGCAUUAAGCGCGGAAAUGGAUGGGGGUCUCCAGGGUGUGUGCGUGACCCUGUGCCAGCCUGAGACCCCCCCUCAUGCCCCUGUCCCUUCCCCUCUGACCCUCACCCCCUCCUCCUCGGGUGGCUCAGGUGAACCGGCAGGUGGCCCAGUGCAGCUGCGCGAAGCGUUUUCAGGUGGAGCAGAUCAGCGCUAACCGUUACCGGUUUGGGGAAUCUCAGCAGCUGCGCAUGGUCCGCAUCCUGCGCAGCACAUUAAUGGUGCGGGUUGGUGGAGGAUGGAUUGCCCUGGAUGAGUUCCUGGUGAAGAAUGACCCCUGCCGAGUGAAGGGAAGGACUAACGUGAAGAUCAAUGAGAAAUACCUCUCCCCGGACCCCCAGGCGGGGGGCAGGGGGCCCACCGGCCAGUCCACUCCCGCCUCCAAGGUGCUCUCGCCCAGCGGCUCCAGCCUCAGCCUCUACAGCAGUGCCUCUGCCCCCAGCAGCCCCCUCCCCAGGAAGUCCGUCCUGCGGAGGACACGCUCCGGGGACCGUUCUCUCCACUCGUGCAGCUCUCUCCUCCCUGAUGGGGCUGAACUGACCUUCGUGGGAACUGCCCAGGAGGGAAGCGACCCCGACGGGGCUCCCACGGAGGCUGAGCCGCCACCAGACCCCCCCGGAGGACCCCCACCCUGAGCGGCCCUGCAGCCCUGGUCUCAGAAUGAGGGACAGGCCGCCUGCCCAUCCGUCUGUCCUGGCAGCUGGACCCCCAACCGCCUGGAGCCCUAGGCAGAGGCCCCUUCCUCCCACUGGGCCCAAAGAGGGGGUGGGGGCCCCUAAGGGACCGGGCUGAGACACUCUGCCCCCCAACCCUCUGACAGCCUAGAAAGGGGGCCCAGUGCCAACCCCGGGGACCCCUUAGAGGCGGCUACGCAGGUGCCCCCCCCAGUGCCUGCUCUCCAGGCCUCCCACCCGGCCACCCUCAAUGGUGCCCCUCCCGUCCAUAGAACCUGGGUUACAAGAACACGCCCCCCCUCUUCCCUCAUCAGGGACUUUUUAGAACUAGAUGUUCCCCCUUCCAGGCCCCACCCUUGCCACCGCCGGCCCGGAGCCUCU